AUGUUCUCCUACCUACCCGCAGAUGCCAAGGAGAAGCUAGCGCUCUACGUCUACCGCAGCGAGGACCGAAGCUAUCUCUACAACCACAUGUGGCGGCCUCUGUGCCGAAUGAUGGUGGAAUACCUCCCGGUGUGGCUGGCGCCGAACAUCAUCACCGUCGCCGCCCUCACGUUCGUGGGCAUCACCCACGGCCUUCUAGCGUACUACAUGCCGAAGCUGACGGUCAGCGGCGAGCACCACCUGACCCGCAACCAGACGAGCACGACGCCCCUGCCGUUUGUGGAGUGUCCUCCGCCGCCGUGGUUUGUGUUCGUCCUUGCGGCGGUCGCGCUUCUCCUCUACCAGCUCCUCGACAACCUUGACGGGCAUCAGGCACGCCGCACCGGCACCUCGAGUCCGCUGGGGCUGCUCAUGGACCACGGCUGCGACGCCGUCAACUGCAUCAUCGGCGCUCUGUCUGUUGCAGCGGCGGUGUCGGCCGGGCCGUCCUGGAAGACGUGGGUGAUUGUGCUCAACACGGUCAUUACUUUUUUCAUGAACACGUGGGAGGAGUACUACCGCGGUGUGCUUGUGCUGCCCGUCAUCAACGGCCCCAACGAGGGCAUCCUCGUUGCUAUCGGUGUCUACCUGUGGACAGCGUGGGUAGGGGGGCCGCAGUGGUGGUACCAGAACGCGGUCGAGGUGCCGUUGCGGUGGUUGCCGCAGGUACUGCGUCAGCCCGCCCCGCAGGCGGCCCUCGACAUCGAGGCGAUGGUACUGCGGACGGUCUGUCCGUACCUGACGUGGCAGGAGGAGGGCGCCGACGGCUCUGCGAUCCCACCGCUCCUCUUCCACCUCGACUGCACCGCAGCCUACCGUGCCAACCCACCGCACCCGACGCGCAUUCUCCUCGCUGGCGACCCCCUCACGGCGCGGCGCGGGGAGGCUGUGCUCGGCAGGGUCUGGAGCGGCCACAGUAUUCUCCAGAGCGCUGUCCUGCGCCUCUACAGCAGCGAUAAGCCGGCCGUAAGCGUGCGCUACAACACCCUCGCCGUAGCCCUCAUGACGCUCGGUGCCGCGGUCACGAGCGCUGGCAACGUCUACCAGGUCUACCGUGCCAUUCGUCGCACGCCGGCGGCGGAGCUGGAGAAGUUCGGCGGCCGGCGCUUCAGCAUCCAUUUUCCCUUCCUGCACGCCCUCUCGCGCCUCGUCCCGCUCGUCGUCGUUACGUUCACGGCGAGCGCGUGGCUUCUCACCUCGCACGCUGACAUUUUCCGGCGGAACCCGCGCAUCUUCUGCUGGACGGUGGGGCUGCUCUAUACAAAGUUGGCCAUACAUCUCAUGCUGGCGCACCUCUGCAGCGCCGAGUUCCUCCCCUUCCGCCGCACCCUCGCGCCGUUCGUGCUCCUCGGCCUGCAUAUUGGGCUCACAUAUGUGCACAACAUCAGUCAUCUACGGCAGCAGCAGCAGCAACGCAGCGGGCAAGCUGGUGUUGGUGGCAACGGUGGUGGUGCUAGUUGGACUGCCCUGCCGUACACCGUCGGCGGCAGCACCGCCUCCAGAGACACCCACUACUCCGCCUCCGCCUGUAACCUCAAUGAAGAGCUCGCCCUGUACGAGUUGUUCGCGCUGUCUGCGGUGACCUUCACCCACCUGGUCUGGAGCGUCGUGCGGGAGACGGCGGCGCUACUGCAGGUACCCAUAUUCACAGUGCCACGCGAGAAGCAAAAGGCGCUGCGCGCCGCCAUGGAAGCGAUCCGGUGCGCCAAGACGACGGCAUCGUUGGAGGCGUGGCCCAGCAAGCUUCGAAAGUCUGAAUAG